CCAACCAAUUUGGGAACCCAACAAGGUUGGGAACCCAACCCCCAACUUGGGUGUAUACACCCUAGUGGGGUGCUUAUAAGUUCCUAAGACAAUGAAACGAUGUGGAAGAAUCAGGAUCCCGCCUUCAGCCCAGCGCCCCAAAGAUACCUCCACGCACGCCCACGCCUUUCGUCGCCAAGCACCCGAUAGGAAUGCGUGGAUGUGGUGUCGUCCGUCGGUGAUUAGCCUCGAUCUGUCGCGCGAUGCAGCCGUUGUGACGCGAGCACGGUGCGCCAGUCGUGGCGUCCAUGGGGAAGCCGUCUCCAGCACCGGGGAUGGCGGCCACGCCAGGCGUGCCAUGGCGAGCGAUGGCUGUGUCGUGCUCCUUGCUGUGCCUGCUCGCCCACCUGCACCUCGUCGCCUGCCAGACUGCCACCACCAGCGCCACUAUCAGCGGCGGCGCCAGUAGCGGCGGCGGCGGCGCGUCGUUUAACUACACGGACGCGCUGGCCAAGGCGAUUCUCUUCUUCGACGCGCAGCGCUCGGGUCGCAUCAGCGGUGCCGGCGCGAGCAUGCCCACCGGCGUCGCGUGGCGCAACAACUCGGGCCUCGGCGAUGGCGCGGCGCAGCAGGUGGAUCUGGAGGGCGGCUACUACGAGGGCGGCGGCGCCGUCAAGUACGGGCUGCCGGCGGCCUUCGCCGCCACCAUGCUCGCCUGGAGCCUCGUCGACUUCCGCCGCCAUCUCGAGGCGGCAGGCGGCGCCGCGCAGCUGACGGCGGCGCGCAACGCGCUGCGGUGGUCGACGGACUACCUGGUGAAGGCGCACACGGGGAUGAACGAGCUGUGGGCGCAGGUGGGCGACCCCGUGGCGGACAGCGCGUGCUGGCAGCGCCCGGAGGACAUGAGCACGCCUCGCACGGCGUACCGCGUCAACGCCUCGCACCCCGGCUCCGACCUCGCCGCCGAAACCGCCGCCGCCCUGGCUGCGGCGUCGCUGGCGCUGAGGCCCGUGGACGCGGGGUACGCGAGCACGCUGCUGGGCCACGCGGAGCAGCUGUUCGUGUUCGCGGACUCGUACCGCGGCAGCUACAGCGAUGCCGUGCCGCAGGCGAGGCGCUUCUCGACGAGCGGCGACGGCAGCAGCUACCAGGACGAGCUGGCGUGGGCGGCGGCGUGGCUGCACCGCGCCACGGGGUACGGCGUGUACGCGCAGUACCUGGCGACGAACGACGCGUGGAUCCGAGGCUCGGACUCGCUGCACACGGAGAUGAGCUGGCAGCAGAAGCUGCCUGGCGCGCAGGUGCUCGUCGCGCAGAUGCUACUGCAGGGCCUGCCCGCUUCGCUGUCGUCGGACGUGGCGGUGCGCGCGACGUUCGAGGGCUACCGCGGCAUGGCGGACCUCUUCGUGUGCGCGCACAUGCCCGCCAACCCCCUGCGCGCCGUCUACACCACGCCCGCCGGGCUGCUCUACGUGCGCCGCAGCCCCGCGCAGCUGGCCCUGGGCGCCGCGUUCCUGCUGGCGCUGCACGCGGACUCGCUGGCGGCCAGCGCGCACAGCGUGCAGUGCGACGGCGUCGUUUUCCCGCCCGCCGCCAUCGUGGCCUUCGCGCAGUCGCAGGUGGACUAUCUGCUGGGCAGCAACCCCCUGGGGCUCUCCUUCAUGGUGGGCUUCGGCGCCGCCUUCCCCCAGCGACUACACCACCGGGGGGCGUCCAUCGUGUCCGUCAAUGCCAACACCUCGCUCGUUACGUGCGACGGCGGCGUGGCUGACUGGCUCAACCGCAACGCGCCCAACCCCAACGUGCUCGUGGGGGCCAUCGUGGGCGGCCCAGACGAGAGUGACGGCUUCCAGGACUCGCGCCUACUGCCGGCCUUCACAGAGCCCUCUGCGUGCGCCAACGCCCCUGCUGUCGGCCUCCUCUCCCGCCUCGCUGCUGGCCCGCUGCCCUCUGCUCCCCCCCCACCACCCUUCCCCCCUGCUCCUCCCUCCCCCCCUCCACGCCCAACUGCUUCCCCGCCUCCUCUCUGUUCCUCUUCCGCCUCCUCCUCCUUCCUCUGCCUGUCGCCCCCUCUCACUCCAGCGUCCCCCUCCGCCCCUACAGUGGAUCCGGCAGCGCUGGUGACGGUGUCGUGCACAGUGACGGGCGGAUGGGAGCAGUACGGCGAGCAGCAGAGCCAGUGGACGUGCCAGGUGGCAAACACAGGCAGCGCCUUCCCCGUGCGCGACUUCACCCUGCAAUGCGACGACUUUGAGCCCAGCCAGGCAUGGAACAUGGAGCCCCUGGGCUGCCAGCUGCCGUGGUGGGCCACGCGCCUGGACCCCAACGAGGCCAUCAGCUUUGGCUUCAUGCAGUCCGCCGCCGUGCAACCCCGCUUCACCGUCAACUCCCUCGUCUCACUCGCUCCGCCUCCCCCGCCUUUGCCUCCUCCCACUCCUCCUUCUCCCCCGAACCCACCACCCAAUCCACCUCCAAGGCCUCCCCCCAGACCUCCCCCUAACCCGCCUCUUUCACCCCCAAACCGCCCCCCGUCCCCACCACCUGUGCCCCCGCCUAGACCCCCACCACCUCCCCUUCACCCCCCCUCUCCUCCGCCAAAGCCUCCAACUCCUCCCCCUCAACCCCCGUCUUCUCCCCCUCAAUCUCCAUCUCCUCCCCCUAAGCCCCCUACAUCUCCCCCUAAAUCUCCGUCCCCUCCCCCUAAGCCCCCUACAUCUCCCCCUAAACCUCCGUCCCCUCCCCCUAAGCCCCCUACUCCCCCCCCUAAAUCCCCACCACCUCCCCCGAAACCCCUAUCUUCUCCCCCUCAGCCUCCAUCUCCUCCCCCAAGUCCCCCUCCUCGCCCCCCCAGCCUUCCCCCACAGUCCUCCCCCCUUCGAAGCCCCCUCCGCCACCCCCUAAACCACCUUCCCCACCCCCACGGCCACCGCCCCCACAGGCAGCAACCCCACUGCCAUCCCCUCCCCCUCGACCCCACCCAGACCCCCUAAGCCCCCCCAAGGCCCCCUGGGCCCCCGCCUAGGCCUCCCCGCCCUCCCCCAAAGCUGUCCAGCGCCCAAGGGGGGAUCAGCUCGCCCAAACCACCCACAGCCGGUGGCAAGAAGGCGAAGCCACCUCCGAAAAAAGGGAAACGGAAGAUCCCGCCGCCACCACACAGCAAGGGCAAGAAAAGCCCCCCCCCGUCGAAAAGUAGCAAGGCCAAGAAGAGCCCUCCCCGGGGUGGCCCCACGAAAGAUGCAGCAAAGAAGAAGCAGCCCCCUCCCCCUCCUCUUCCCAAGGGCAGAAAACAAAAGCGACGCCCUCCCCCUCCUCCGUCCCCGCGCCUAAAGCCCGCAAGAUAACCCCUUGCUACUGACUUGCCAACUAGUGGCACAACUAUCAAAGGCGGUGCGGCAAAUUGCUGCCCUCGACUGUGAGUCGGAAGGACGCAUGCAGCGAGAAUAAUCAGGGCCAUGUAUGCCGUUGUAGCCGAGGUGCAACGCCCUGGAAUGCAACUGGCUAACUGUGGAAUGAAAAGAUUACGGUACGGUGCAAAGAUUAGUGCAACCAUGCACACACCCCUCUCCUACGCCCCGCAGUCUGUAUAAUUUUGGCAAAGUCCUCCGCAACUAGGUACACCCCUCCCACACCCCCCCCUGUCAAACAUGUGUAUCUGUUAUGUUUGCAUAGACUGUAUAGGGUCACAUCUUAGAGGGUACAACACAUA